CGCCCAACGCCCGGCGAGCAGCUCGCGCACGUCGCCGCACGCAAGACUGGCCGCCACCGCCGCCGAGAAACCAGUUUCGCCCGCGACUCGGCGCUCGGCGGUUUUUUGCGUUCGAAGAGGAGGCCCAACGGUCGCGCCGCUCCGCUCGCACGCAGCGCGAAAGUGAGCGGAAAGUGAAAAGCGCGCGGGGCGAAGGCCGCGCGGGUCGGCCGAGGCGCGAUGCGCGGGACGCUCGGCGCCAGCAGGACGCGAGGGAGAGCGUCGCCUCGCCGAGCGCUCGUCCUGGGCGCAGCGCUCGCUCCGCCGCCGUGCCCGUGACUCGGCGAUGCCGCUCGUCCAGCUCGUCCACUGACGGUGCGCGACGCGAAACUGAUCGUCGGCGGGGAACCGCGCGCGGACAAAGACAGACCGGGACCCUCUUCCAUGCGACUCUGAGCGGGCCGGACAUGUCGCGCGCGCUCACCGCGGCUCUGCUGCUGUGCCUGCUGCUGGCGGCCGGCGGCCAGGCCACGCUGCAGCAGGACAGCGUCACGGAGCCAGGCACCAUCUACUACACGGAGCCCAACUACGCGAGCUCCAACAGCGUCGAGUCGGGCUAUCGUGGCCUGACCGAGCUGCCCGGCGGCCAGAUCGUCAAGAACCACAUAACCCUCGAGAGGAUCAAGAGUCCCUACGUCUUGAGGGAGGAUUUGUACGUGGAGCACGCGGCUGAAUUGAGAGUGGAGGCCGGCGUGGAGGUGCGCUUCGCGCCGAUGAUUGGUAUCACCGUGCGUGGCACCGUCAUCGCUGAGGGGGAGGAGAACAAGCCGAUAGUGCUGACGAGUGCAGAGGGUCCGCCCGGUCGGUCGGAGUCGCGCUUGGUGCGCCUCGUCGACGGACCGAGUCCUCUCGAGGGCCGUCUCCAGAUCCUGCACAAAGGCGAAUGGCGCUCCGUUUGCACCAACUCAAGAAAUUGGACCCGUGCGGAUCUGGAGACGGCAUGUCGGGAGCUGGGUUACCAGGGUGGCCGCUGGUGGGGCUGGAUGGACAGGCAGUGGCCGGCAAGGCCACGGCUACUCUACGAGCAGCCGCAGUGUCGGGGUACCGAGUCUUCGCUGCAAAGUUGCGGCCGCUGGCCUCACAGGAUGCUCGGUGCCGGCGUAUGCGAUUACCAUCCGGAUUUGGGCAUAUCAUGUUCGCCGCAUCACGACGGCUCGACCGGUGCCAUCAAGCACUGGCGUGGCUUGCGCUUCGAGAACGCCGUUUACGACAGGCCGCUCAUUCAGGAGAACACCCUGUACAUCCGCCAGUCGAGAUCGAUCCUCAAGAACGUCGAGAUUCGGCAUGCGGGAACCGGGCGUGAAUUCAACGUCACGCCGGCACUGCACGUCGAAGGCGUACCGCCUCGCAUGGAGUCGAUCUCGAUCGUUGCCUCGGCGUACACGGGCAUCAAUGUCACGCAUCCAGACGCACCCGUCGUCAUCUCCAACUGCACCGUCCAGAGCAACCGAGGAUACGGCAUUUACGUGAACAGCUCCAGCGGAAUGGCCCACAUACACAAUUGCAUUGUCGUCGAGAACGAGGCGGACGGCAUCAAGUACGUUCAUCACGACGAGAGACCGGACGAUCAGGGUGCCGACCGGGCGGACAUCUACAACCUCUGCACUUUUCCGGGCACGGCUAGCCAGACCUUCCCCAUAACGAUUUCGGCUGGUCAAAGAAACUACGCGCCAACACAGAAACGAUGCCGACAGUACAUCUUCACGAGACCCGGCCACGUGCUCACUGUGCACUUUCUGCAAAUGACGACUGAUCGGAACGACAGCGCCGUCAUAAAGGUACACGAUGGCAUCAGCGACAACGACAGGUUAUUGGCCCGCGUCAGCGUGCGAAACCAAACGUUGCCGCAGAGCGUUGCAACCACUCGACAAAAUCUCUAUAUCGAGUUUUUGGCCGAGCCUCGCACUCAAAUGGUAGCUUUUAUUCGCAUCACGUCUGGCUACAGAAAAUCGUACGAUUUGAACGUAACAAGCAGCACGAUAACGGACAACAACGGGCGUGGCAUAGCGGCGGAGAAGCUACGCUCGGUGGUGCACAUCGACGACACCUCGGUGUCGAACAACCAGCACGUGGCUGGCGUGCACGUGCUCGGUGGUGUGCCCGACGUCAACGUAACGAGUAGUCGUAUUGCCUUCAAUCGUGGCGACGGCAUCAACAUCACGGUCACCGGUGGCAAUCGUAACGUCUCGAGAUCGAGCAUCUCUUCGAACAGAGGCUACGGCCUCGCGGUCUGGUUGAACGACAGCUCGACAACCGAAUACGUUCACUUCAAUCAAACAACGGUGGUGGAAUACUCGGAAAUCUUUCGGAAUCGCGAUAUCGGUAUAUUAGUUGGGAACUCGACUGGCGAUUCCUACGUCAACGUCACUGGCAAUUGGUUCAACAGCAGCAGCGAGACGUCGGUUCAAGUCGAAUCGAGUUGGCGCUACAAUCAAGGCAAGUUAAAGCUUCAGAUCGGUCACAAUGUGUUCGUGCAGAACGCCAAGCUCGGUAUAAAACUCAAUCCGGCGCUCAACUUGGACGGUGUCAUCGAGUACAAUCACUUCCGCGAACACACCUACGGAUGCAUACUCGUGCGCAAUCCACUCUACGAGGAGUUCAACAUACUGUCGGCCGAACUGCUCAUUCAGCACAACGAGUUUUACGACAACAAGGGAUUCUUCGUCGCCAGUCUCGGAUUGUCGCCGUACAGUGACGCGCAGCAUCUACUAUUUACUAGAAAUUUCCUGAGAGAUAACAGAGUCAAGGAGCCGUUCGAUAACGGCGACGUGCAAGGUUCGAGAUUGAUACCGAGAUCGAGGGUUUCGGCGGUGGUCACGGUUUCCUCGAGUAACGUUCAGAUAUUCAGGAAUAUCCUGCACAAUCCGGAAGCGAGCUACGAGAUUGGCUCGCACUUGGAAGAUCAGAGUAAAAUCAUCAACUGCACGUACAAUUGGCUGGGUUCGAGCGAGCAGCCGGAGAUAUUCGAGAGGCUAUUUCAUAGAAAAGACAGAUACAACUUGGCGAAGAUCGAGUACAUGCCGUACCUGUUGCACAGCAGUAACCCGGCAACAAACACCAUCAAUCCAAAUCCAACAUUCGUGCCGCGUUUCCUUGCUCCAGGCACGAACAUCGUGGGCGGCGAAGUCGACGGUCAAGAGAUCCUCCAAGCCGGCGAGUACAUCGUCAAGCGCGACAUCAAUGUCCGUCCGGGUGGCAAGCUUAUACUACAACCUGGUGUGACAUUACGCUUUCCUCCAGCGGUCGGCAUCAUGGUAGCAGGUAAACUUGACGCCCACGGCACUGGUCCGAGCAACAUUCUCAUGACGCUCAAGGAAGAGAUCGUCGUGACCAUUGACAAUGAUACUAUGAUGGACACGGGGGAUAUGAACGAACCGAUGGAGAUGCCCAUUGUCGUCGAGGAAAGCAAGGUGCCGGUACGAUUGCUUGGUGGCAAGACUAGUCACGAGGGUCGACUGCAGGUGAAAGUAGGAGACAAAUGGGGUACAGUGUGCAACUACGGCUGGACGAUGCGUGACGCAGCCUUGGUCUGUCAACAGUUAGGCUUGACGCUCGAUCCGGACAACUGGUACAUGGAGCGCUCGCAGAUUUCAAGUGCUGGUACGAACGAGGACAUAGUGCUGAGUAACGUACAGUGCACGGACGACGACAUCGACGUGUCGCGCUGCAAAGCCGAAACGAGCGAAGAGUUCGAAAACUCGUGCACUCACGAGAACGACGUCGGCGUCAGGUGCACCGAAGCCGCCUGGGCUGGAUUGAGGCUGGGACCGCUUGCUCUCAGAAGCGAUCUGCAGUACAUUACUAUCGAGAGGGCCGGAUUGCUGGAUUAUACUACGAAUUCGUUUAAGCCCGCACUACAGAUCGAUUUUGCGCGACAUUCGCUCGAGGGUGUGAAAGUGGUGAACAACCUUCAAGACGGCUUGGGCGUGUUAUAUUCGGACAUUUACUCAGCUGAUGCAGUGAACACAGUGCGCAACAGUGAUUUUUCAAACAACGCCGGCAGCGGCAUGAGUUUCAAACAGCUCGGACUACGAAUCGCCAGUUCCCGCCUUGAGAACAACAAGCUCGCUGGUAUCAGGCACAAUCCUGCCUUUUCGGCAAUCCAGCAGCGAGAGUUUGCUGGCUGGUUCUACAGUUCACCCGAUGCGUCACUGGAUUCCAGCUAUGAUCCCAUAAUGGUACCUGAACACCACACAGACAUUGAAUUGGCCAUGGGCGAGACCAAGUAUCUCGUUACGAAUAAGGUCUGGGGUGAGCCUAUCGAUCGUUAUCACAACAUCAGAGUUACGCCGGGCUACGUAGUUGGUAUUCAACUGCUGAAUCCAAUUCACAAUAGAAGUACAGAACAGAUUAUUUUACACGACUCCCCGAACAUCAAACACAGUGCGAAUUCCAACGUGUGGCACUUAAAACGAGAUUUGACGGUAUUCCCAGUUGCUUCGAGCUCGUACAUCGUGAUAUUCGAGUACCACAGCGGUGACAAUGCUUUGGGUGGUACCGUCAUGGUACUCACGGCAAUUCCAGCUCCCUAUCAGGAUAUAAAAAAUCGUAUUGUACGAGGUCCAAUUCCGUCACUGCGAGUAUCAAACACGAAAAUUCGUAACAAUCGACAAGGCGUCCUUGCAUCUUAUUAUAAUCGUUAUCUCGACGAGCUGGGCGAUCAUUAUUUGCGUAAAGCCAAUGAAUCUAUUCAAUUUGUCAAUUGUGAAAUCUCUCACAAUCACGAGGAAGCAAUCUACAUUCACUCACCGUAUUGGAACGUUUACAAUUCCAACAUUUCCGAAAUUGCAAUUCACGUCAAUAACAGUUUGAUAACGGACAACGGCAAAGGCAUAAUUCAGUACAGUCGUGACAUGCGCCAAUCUAACAAUCUUUUCCACUGGGUCAUCAAGGACAGUACGAUCGAGCGUAAUCAGGCUGGCGGCUUUGAAGUCGCAUUACCUUACGUCUGGCAGUACAAUGAGAAUUUCACGCAUACGAUCUACAUGGAUAACAACACGUGGCAAGCGAACGAGCAAUUUGCCUUGGUGAUAGACGGUCACUAUGCCAGCUUCAACAUGUCGCGCAAUCGAUUUGAUGGGAAUCGUUGUAAGUUUGGUCUUAUCUCCGUUCGCGGCAUGGAGAAACGUAUGAAGAUCGUCGGCAAUAAAAUCCAGAGGAACAUCGGCAAUUACAUGGUCGAGUUCAAGGCGGACAGUCAGUCGGAGAUAAUGGGCGAGAUCGACGCGAGAUUCAUGUUCAACGAGGUGAAGCAAAACAGCCGUGGCGCGAUCGCGUCGCGUGGCUUCCAUCAGAUGUUCAACACGCCCACGUAUGUUGUGGGUUUUCAUGGCAUUCAAAAGGUGCGUGUAAAUAGAAAUUUGUUUGGCGAGAAUUCUCUGGAUUACGAGCUUCUCGCUGGCAUCAAAACCGCGAAAAUCAACAACAACGUAGAUGUGACUGAAAAUUGGUGGGGUACGUCUCUCGAUCAUCAAAUAAGACAGCGAAUAUUUGAUUUCGAUGACUGGAACGAUCAUGCUGUGGCGAACUUCCGGCCUUACCUCGUGUCGGAAUCCCUCGAUUCGUCCAUUUCAGCGUCUUACGAGCCUAAAACCGACGUGGACCUCGACAAUCUCGGCGGCCGCAUUGUCGAUAAUUUGUCGAUAUAUCCGCGAUCCAAACCAUACGUCAUCCGCUCGGACAUCACUGUUAUGCCCGACGCCACCCUGCACGUUUAUCCGGACGUGGUAAUGGAAUUCGCUCCGAACGUUGGUAUCUUGGUCCUUGGGACUCUGAAAGCCGUGGGUGCACCAGGCCACGAGAUUAUCAUGAGACCCAUUAGCGACAGGAACGAGAUACCUUUAACGAAUAAGAGGAGCAUCGAGUCUGAUACUAUCAGACUGUGCAAAGAUGAGAACUGUACCAACUCCACCAACGAGGGAUUUCUGGAAUAUUUUAAUCGUACGACUUUACAAUGGAUACCGCUUUGCGACACGAGAUUCACUGAGCGAAACGCGCAAGUAGCCUGCCGACAACUGGGAUUCGAACCUCUGAAUGUUUACGUUUCCCGAGAUCGACGAUAUGAAUUACAUCCUGGUUCUUUGUCGAGGAUAUGGUCGUGGCCCGAGCCUUUGCAGUGUACGGGUAACGAGGAGAGCUUGGAAGAAUGUCAAAUCCGUCUGAACGGUCAGUUAUUUGGCCACCGUUACGAGUGCCCAUGGGAUGGUAAAUUCGUCUUCAUCCACUGUGGUCAGCGCAACCUCGAUCCAUCCAGAAGCUACUGGGGUGGUAUUCGCAUAGCCAACAGCGAAUUCGAACACUAUCUCUACGAAUACCGUAUUCACGAUGUAGUUACUCACGAGACCGUACGUCGAGUCGAGUCGGUGUUGCAAUUCAUCAAUAUCACCGGCGCUGGCAUUCUGCACAAUGAGAGGUCACCGGCUAUUCAGUCGAUUAUGAAGUCACCUUCUGUCUCAAGGGUUAGCGUUCACCAGAGCGCUUAUCACGGUAUCAAUAUUAUAUCACCGACACACACGAUUGAGCUGCUGUUCAACCAAGUGAAAGAUGUGCUUGGCAACGGUAUAAAUGUGUUAUCGUUGACGGGAGAGGGUCGCGAGGCCGACGAAAGUUCCUUCACUCCUCUCAAGGAUUUGAAUAUACCAUAUCACUUGUUCAGUAUCGUCGAUAUCUGUGAUACCACCAAAGAAGUUACCAUCGAAGAGCGUGUCUUGCUUUACUACAAGUAUGAUAACAAUCCGGUCAACUGCGUUAAAAUAUUCCGCAGUAAUCAUCGAGCCAAGCCUUUUGGAUUUAGGCUGUUACAGUUUAAUUUAUUUAACUCUACCGGAAAACCCGGUAGACCGGAUAGUUUGACACUUUACGAUGGUGACAUUUACAAUGUUACGGUUAAAAUGAUUGACGAGUUGUAUGUCAACAACCACAAGGAAAAGAAAUUGUUUAGAACUCAGGGACCAAGUCUUAGUGUGAAGUUAUUUGCCACUGGAGCCAGCAGCGUUCACGGUUUCAUUGCGGAAAUCGUCACUUUACCCAUCUCUGCGAUAGGAUUUAAUCGCGACGUGCAGCAUAACAUAUCGUACUCUGUGAUGUCGAAGUGUCAAGAAGGAGCUGUCAGAUAUUCUAGCGCUGGAGAAGUCAAUGCUGUGAUUACGCUCGAGAGGAAUCAAUUUGUGGAUAACUGCGAGAAGCUUUACGGAAACUUUAGCACCUGCAAGGCAGCUGUGUCAUUAGACGUUCAAAAUACUCAAUCUGUUUAUUUUAGGAAUAAUCUGGUUAUGAAAAAUCAAGGAGGUUUAAGUAUUAGAGCCGACUCCCGCGGUUCGGCAACUUCUCUCAAAGGUUGGAUUCAUAACAAUCUGUUUGCUGAGAAUUACGAUACACCUGCUCUGUAUAUUGAAGGUCGUCAAAGUAGCCCCUAUCAAGAAGUGACGAUAUUCAGAAACUAUUUUACGAAAAACAACGCUACAUACGAAAAUAACAUCGUAUUGAAGCAAGUGGUUAGCAACAUGACUUUGAAUUACCUCCAUGGCAAUCUGGGAAAGCACUUGCUGGAGAUCUCAGGUUUCGAACGCGUACGACUUCCGAUUUACCAAAGUACUUCGCACAAUGGAUUUUACAAAAAUUAUGCUGUGGAUCGCGACGGACGGAGCACAAUUGUCGCAGGAACACCUGGUCAGCAGUACGUCGACAAUAUAUUCUUUAAUCCCGACAACGACUACGAAAUGCUGACCGUCAACAGAUCUCUCGUGGUCGACGCCGAAUGGUACACUAAUCAAUUGGAGAUGUGGCGCUCGAAUGUGGACGCUCGACACAACUACUGGGGCUACAACGAGACGCUCGCAGUGGCAGGUCGAAUUCGCGAUCGCGGUGACUCGCCGGAGCUCUUGCAAGUGGAGUUUACGCCUUACCACAUGAACAACGUGUCGGUGCUCGGUGGCAAAUGUCCUCCCGCUUGGAAUUUGGUCGGCGACACUUGCUACAUAUACAUCGGCGCACCCAUGGACUUUUAUUCGGCGCGAGAUUUCUGCAGGGCCGCCAAUGCAUCGAUGCCAUUUAUCAUGGGCGAUUACAUCGAACUUUGGAAGUUUUUGCGCAAGCAGCAGGAGCGGUUCGAUUAUUCGGAGCGCGUUUGGAUUCAACAGCUUGAUAGGAUCGACCAGUGUACCAUGUUUACGUAUCAGACGAUAGAGGUGGACGUGUGCGGACAGCCCAAUCCAUUCGUAUGCGAAAUCGAUCCGCGCGUUUACAUCGACCCGCUGUCAUGGAGGAAGGAUAUCGUCGCAAUCGGAGUUCUGAGUGCGCUCGGGGUCGCUCUGGCUUUGCUAGCUGCAGCUAUAGUUCUGUGGAUAUCCAAGUCGAAGAGGCGCCAAGUCGAGCGUCUAGAAAGGAGAAAUUCAAUCAGGCAGUCACUCCACUCGUUGCGCUCAGUGGGCUCCACUUCCGGCUUUUCUGAGCUGGCUUACCAAAGAAGAAAACCGAUACCGACCAAACAGUCGACGGACACGUUGAAUUCUCGUACCUUGGACUACAAAAAGAUGUCGAACGGUGGUAGCCUAGACUCGAUGGACAAAUCCCAGCUGAACUCGUCUCUCGAGGACAAUCAGUGUUACGACGUGUACGAGGCGCACAAUCCACGUUACUCGCCCGGCACUAGCAGCGGUUUGCCGGCUCACAAGUUCACCGGUGACAAUCCAGCUUACGAUCUAACCUACCGCAACGAGGGCUUCCGCAACCACUCGACCUUUACGUCGCGCAACAAUAGCGCCUGGCAAUCCGAAGCUGACAGUGUGGCUACUCCGGAGGAACUGGCGAGACCGAACAGCGAGCACGUGGACGUCUCCUCCGGCUACCUAAACAAUGUCUCCACGCUGCCCUUGCACUCAAGCCUCGGCACAAGCGACUCGAUAAGCGAGCUGAAGCGCGAUCUGCGUACGACCAACUCGUCCAUCGACUAUGAUAGCGUGGGCGUACCGGUGAACGGCCACUACGAGAACAGUCCGGUCACGCCGCAUUCCGAGCCUGUACCCGAGUACUUCAGUAAUCACAGUGCUACCCUGCCGUACUCGCAUCAUCACCGCAACAAUAAUUAUUAUCACGCUGAUCACGAUGAUUACUACUACGAAGAUCGACCGCGGAGUGAAGCUCUACUCGAGACCAAUCUCGACGAGGACCGCCCGCUGAGAUCCAAGAGCGAAGCUAUCCUCGAGACCAAUUUCGACGCGUUCGCACCCAACCAGCCUACCGAGCUCACCCAGCUCUCUACUGUCGGCAGGAGCAAGAGUCAACCGCUCGAAACGGCAAUGUGAUUUUCUUUAUUUACAAUCACACUUUUUUUUCUAUAGUCAGAUAUUAUCGAGCUGCUUAUCUACGCCACUCUGGGCGUCUACGUUUCAGGUUGUUUAGCGGGUGUACGGAUCGCUGUUAAUGGAAAGCCCCUCUGUCUGAUCCAUAUACUUGAUCUCUUUAAUUUUUAUGUAAUUUUCUACGAGGAUAUUUCGAUGAUCAUUAUUUUCGGCGUCGUUUAGUUAGUUCAUAGGAACAAUUUGUACAUUCCCGCGGUUAAGUCAGGACAACGUAUUUUUUUCUUUGCUUCGCAUACACUUACUAGUUGAAAAGUAGAUAAAAUUUGUUUAAAACGGUACCGUUUGAUUUUUUUUUACUUUGUGUUUAUUUAACAAUUGUGGCUCUCCAAGUUUAUUAUUAUAACUAUUUCGUACAAGUUUUUAAGUAGGAAUAAGUUAUCGCAUUAUUUAAAUACGUCAACACAGCGUUAUAAUCGUCACGAUUAAUUUGGUCGUCACAUUUCGUUAUCAAUUAAGUUCACAUUAGUUCACAUGUUGAUAAUGUUCGUUUUCCAUGAAUAUAUAGUUCUAUAUGAAUGUAUAGUUUAGUAAACUUAUUUUUAUGACUUCAUGGUCGUCAGAUCAAGGGAAUGUUAUAUGCAUAUUUACUAUAUAUAUAUAUACAAAGCGUUAUAUUUAUAUGAAACUUUUUUAUUUGAUAAAAGUAAAUUAUAAUUAGGAAAAGGAUCGAUCACUGCCAGGACUUUCAUUAUUUCUGUCGAAAAAAGUCGCUCAAUGUGAUAUAUAUAAAGCAACUUACUCGUACGCGAUGCGAGAUAAGUGAGUGCGACACGUAUAAAAAUAUGUAUUACAGGCAUACAUUGAUUUCCCGACUAAUAUUAUACGUAAUUAAUAAUUUUCUAUUGCAAGAUAUAUAAGUAUAUUCGAUUAACAAAAAUUUAUGAUUUGCGAAGAUUUUUGGGGAUUCGCGAUCUAUUUUCGUCAUCUGUGCUUCUAACUAAUCCUGACUAAUUGUCUCUAUAUCUAUAGCUUCCUUUUCAAUCUUCUUAUUCUCCAAUCCCCAAUCACAGGCACAUCCGUCCAAUAUUAUUAGGCGCUUAAACCAAGAUAUGGUCUUCCGUUGCAUUAUUUGACUGUUAGGUAUCUCGUAAUGCACAAUCAUUUAUAGUUGCUAAAGGUUGUAUCGACUUAUCGCAGUCAUUUCUUCAAAACAAAACGAAAAAUGCGACGUCGCAAUUGAAAUAAAUACAAUUACUUGUUUCGGAGAAAUAGAUAUGCCUAAGUCAAAAACGCACAGUUACGAAAUUUACGAUUUCAAACAUUUAGUGCCUUAUCAAGUUGAUUGCAUAUCAAUCAAAUAUUGCAAUGGGAACAUUCUUGAGCGACUAGAUUUACAUAAGAAAAUGUAUCAUAUAGUUAUAUAAGUAGCAAUUUAUUUUACGUAUAUAAUGUACAUUUCGAAUUAGAAUUUAGCUAAAAGUAUCGUAGUAAGUUGAUUUCAUACGACUUUUAUAGCGAAGUUGAACUUCAUUGUUAAAGCACAUAUAUCUACGUAGAAAGUAUAUCAAUUCACAGCGAUCAAUUUUUUUCUAUAAGAUUGUACUAGUUGUUAAUAAUUUCAACAGAUUUCCAAGAAAACGACAUAUUUUAUAGACUAAGCGCGGCAGUCAACGAUGUCAUCGUUUGCGAAAUAAUUUAAGUUAUUUCCGACUUUUUCCAAGCAUUGGCUUGAAAUUUUUCCGUUUGUUAAUACACACAGGAGAAAGUCAAAAUUAUGUCUGACUUGCGUAUUGCGCGCAAAAUCAACUAAUUGAACUAUCGAAUAAAAUCCUUUUAUAUUUGAGAUCGAAUGUGCAGCAAUGGCUAAAAGGCAUUGAUAUAUAAAAAUAAAUAUUAAGUAAAUAUAGAAAGUACAUAAAAAAAACUUGCGUUAACGAGAAUGUCCAAAAAAUUGAUCGCGAACUUGUAAAUAUGCGUCACCAUUGAUUUCGUGAUCAUUAAUUUUAUACUUACAUCUAUAUAGUUUGUAGAUAAUAGAAAUAAGAUACUUUGUGUAUUAAUCAUGAUUGUGAUCAAUGAUUUGGACAUUCCUAAUGAUAUAAAAAUGUAAUAAUAAUAAGCGCUUGUAUAUUCUGACUAUGUACUUUAACACGUACAUACAUAGUGUAGGUGACUCGCAGGUUAAUAAACUUGAGGAGCUUGAAAAAAAAAAUUAGUCGGCAAAUACGAGCCUAUAAUCUGCGUAAAUUUUUUCACUUACACGUGCUUUUGUACAUUUUAUAAGAACAUAAAGUAAUAAAUAGACAAAUUAAAUACA